AAAAAAUAAUAGUGUAAAAAUGAGUCUUUUAGUGUUUUCUCUGCUUGUGAGGUUGUGCCGCUCACACGUGGCCGCUGAGCGCAGAGCGGUGCGGCCCGGUCUGGAAGCUCUGGAGAGAACCAGGCCUGCAGAGGUGAAGGUUCGGGCCGGUUCGACCAGACAACUGAUACAACAAUGUUGAAUGCCUUUGCAAAUUCUUCGUUAUUUGUGGCUAAUCAUAUUGCGAACCAUAUAAGAGAAAGGGUCGAUCAAGAUCGAUAACAUACUGUGGUCUCUGUAACCUCUGAGUGUCAUCGGUUUAGUCCGAUAAGAGGUCAUCGUGGUUUGGAAGGGCGGCUGUCGGGCACUUAGCACAGCGGCCAGGUAACCGACCUCAACGAGCUAGCGGAGUUUACCAACAGCUCAGCAGCAUUAUUACUGUUUUACUGUAGCUGUUUCUUCACUAACGGGCGGUUAUGUGCACAAGUAAAAGCCUUAUACAAACGUUUGUUUUAAUAUACAAGCAUAAGUGGUUUAACUAAGCUGCAAGUUAAUGUGUGGACUUAAUCCAUCACUGCCUACACAGCUAGGUUAGCUAACGUUAGCGAUAAUUAGCUAGCUAACGGUGGAAAAGUAACCCAGUACGUUAACCUGGAUAGCUAGCUAGUUCAUGUAAAUGUUAAAGUUGCAGAAAUAGGUAUUUCUUGAGUAUUUUUUUAAAAAAGCAGUAUUUUUAGUGUUCAAUUGGUUGUUCUUUGUAUUUCAUUAUUAUUAUUUAUGUUGAAUUCCUCGACCCUCGCACCGGUCGAGUCCAUUUUUAUGGCAGGGUCUAAAGUAAAUCAUUGACGUUGGACCUUCCUGCUUGCAUAAUCCUUGAUUCAUGUUUUUGUCCAUGUUGUGUGUGCAAUUAAUGACUUUCACAGGAAAAGUAAAAUGUAAUCCUUAGGGCUCGUUUCCUGGACAUUAAGCCUAGUCUUAAACUAACUUUACACUGCUGUGCCAGUGGUGAAUCACCAUUGGAAAUUCUUUUCAGUGCAGGUUUAGUUUUAGGAAACUGGCCCAUGGUAUUUACAGUUCUGUUUACAGCUGCACUAAGUCCUGUUUUGUGCCUGUUGUGCUGGCACAGAGAGUGUACAGUGUACCUGUAGGGUGGACAGGCAACAGGAGCUGCAUCUGCAUAAAGCAAAGAGCCCCAGCAUAAUGAAUAGAGAAAGGCGAAAGGUGAAGUUUGGUUGGCUACGUACGGCAUUCAGCUCACCUAGGAAGUUCCAGAAGAAUAAUGUAGGCUUGCCUCGGCCCACGCUCUGGGAGGAUCCUGGGUCUGAUGAAUCAAGUGAAGACUGUUCCUCCAGCCUGAACAUGUCUACUGGGUCAGUUGAUCUAGGAGAGCUAGAAGGCAUAAAGCUCAGCACACCUAAAGGAAGACAGGCAACACCUUCAAAGAAAGAGUGUACUCCAAAAGCAUGCUCCUUAUCCAGUGGUCCUCGCAAACUGUUUCAAAAACAAGCUAUGACUGCUGAGGAAGAUGCACCGUCAGCACAGCGGUCCCCAGUUGGCCCCCCAGCAACCCCUCCAAGUAUGAAGCGCAAGGACAGAACUCCAGAGGAGGGGUCAAAGGCUAUUUACCUCAGAGCACUUACUGAGGCUAUCGUGUCUGGUGACCGGAAGGCCCCUUCGACCGAGGACAGUGUCCAAAGGCUCUUGGGAAGGAAAUGCAUCGCUGGCACACAUGCACAGGCGGAGUCAGAGGAAAAUACUUACCCUAGAUGCUCAUUCAGUGACGAGACAUCAUCUGUGUCACUCGAGACGGGAGACCACCGUCCCACCCCAGUUGUCUUCAUAGACUCAGAUGAAGAAGAGAAAGUGGUGAAAACAGACACUCGGAGUGUCAUUCUGAAAGGUGAUGAAUCUCCUGAUUGGUCAGAUGUUGAGGACCCUGUUGAGGUAGAGAACUUCUCACAGGAUGAGUCUCUGGAUCUGCAUACCCAGCGAAAGGUAGAGUGCAAGCAAGAGAGCGAAAUAGAAGGUGCUGAAAGCCUACCUCCUUUGAAAUAUGUGCCUAACCCACCUCCAGCAUUCAUGCUGCCCCCACAAUCCACAUUUAGUAUGCCAUGGAUUAAUGUGACCCCGUACCACACCUCCUCCACUCCUACAAGUACAGAGACCUCAAGGCAACCCUCACAGCCUUGGAGAGAGUUUCUUCUGUCGUCAGGACAAACCCUCCAAGACCCUCCAGUAACACCUGAUUCCUCAACCUCCAGAACUGUAUGUCCGCCUAAAAGUUCACUUGUGGCCUUGGGACGGGGUGUUAGAUUACAGCAGCCAAUCAGACAGGCUUCUAUAUCUCCAGACCCGUAUGCCCUGCCCAUCUGGGCUGCCAGAACUAAAACUCUUUCCCCACUCCCAAAGGGACUGUGUGAAUUCUCUCCUGUAAUGAGACACAGAUUCUCAGACGUGCACACGCUCUCUGCUUCAAGAACAUCACUUACUAAUGAUUGCGCCACCCGUAGGAUGUCAUUGGGCUCAGAGCCUCUCUGGUUGUCAGACAUUGACCACUCAAAGGCAAGCACUAUGGGAUUUGUUGACACCCAUUGUCACCUGGAUAUGCUGUAUGCAAAGUUGGGCUUCCAGGGAAGUUUCCAGAGCUUUCGGAAUGAAUAUGCUAGCAGUUUCCCUGUGGAAUUUGGCGGGUGCAUAGCCGACUUCUGCAACCCUAGGAUUACGCAGAGGGAAGCUAUCUGGGAGCGGCUUCUGGGAGAGGAAUUAGUAUGGGGUGCCUUUGGGUGCCACCCACACUUCGCCAAGGAGUAUAACACCACUCAUGAGCAAAGCAUCAUGGGAGCCAUGCGCCACCCAAAGACCAUUGCCUUCGGAGAAAUAGGGCUGGAUUACUCGCAUAAGAAUUCUACAGACUCAAGCAAACAGAAAGAGGUGUUUGAGCGGCAGCUGCGAUUGGCUGUGUCUCUAGGAAAGCCUUUGGUCAUACACUGCCGUGAUGCUGAUGAUGAUUUGCUGGAAAUCAUGAAGAAGUUUGUUCCCCGAGACUACAAGAUACACAGACACUGUUUCACCAACAGUUACUCUGUGAUCGAGCCAUUCCUGAGUGAGUUCUCCAAUUUGUGCGUGGGGUUUACCGCUCUGAUAACAUACCCUCACGCUGUAGAGGCCCGUGAUGCAGUGAGGAAAAUCCCACUCAACCGCAUCCUAAUGGAGACUGACGCACCAUACUUCCUGCCUAGACAGGUGUCCAAGGCAAUGUGUAGGUUUGCUCACCCUGGGAUGGGCAUACACACUUUGCGUGAGAUCAGCCUGCUGAAGGGAGAGCUCCUCUCCACAGUGUUCCAAACCGUCCGCCAGAACACCACAUACAUCUACAGCCUGUGACCACAGCAGCCAUGCAUUCGUGGCCUGAAGGCUGUUACCGCGGAGUCUACUGAUCAUAUCCUAACGCCCAUCAACCAGCGCGCGUGUGUGUGUAUGAGAACCAUGGUAAUCUCUCCAAAUCUGUAUGCUAAACUAAUAGGUAAUGUGUACGUGUGUGCCAAAUAGGUUUCUUUAUGAGAAGGAAAAUCUGUUAAAAGUAUUGUUUUAUUUCCGUAUUACCGUCAGUUUGUUUUAA